AGGAGCAGAGACAGCGGUGGACAGGCUGGCAGGGAGGAGGAGGACACACGCGUUUGUUUCCCGGCCGUGUGGCGGUGAUUUCAUGCAGAGGUAGAAGAAGAAGAAAGACAGAGACAGAGAAAAAGCAGCGAGCUCGUCUUUUCUGGAGGUGGAUUUUAUUUAUUGUCCCCCGGCAGAAUGUGUACACCGUGCUGUGUCUCACAGCUGGCCUGCUGCUGUGGAUCAGCGGCCUGCUCGUGCUGCUGUAACUGCUGCCCCAAGAUAAAGCAGUCCACAGGAACCCGAGUCAUGUACGCUCUUUACUUCCUGUUGGUCACGAUCACCUGCGUCGUCAUGAUGUCCCCCACUGUGGAGCAAGUGAUGAGAGACCAUAUCCCCUUCUACAGCCAGUUGUGCGAGAAGAUGAACGCAGGAGAAAACUGCAAAACUCUGGUCGGCUACUCCGCCGUCUACAAGGUGUGCUUCGGCAUGGCCGUCUUCUUCUUACUCUUCUCUCUCUUCACCAUACGAGUCAACAACAGCACCGGCUGCAGGGCGGCCAUACACAACGGGUUCUGGUUAUUGAAGUUUAUUCUGUUGGUGGCAUGCUGCGCCGGAGGUUUCUUCCUUCCCAAAGAAGAAACCUUUCUGGAAGUGUGGCGCUACAUCGGAGCCACCGGAGGCUUCUUUUUCCUGCUGAUCCAGCUCAUGCUGCUGGUGGAGUUUGCACACCGAUGGAACACAAACUGGAGUUCAGGAGUGAAGUAUAACCGGCUGUGGUACGGCGCUCUGGCCUUGGUGACUCUGAUGCUGUUCAGUAUUGCGGUGGGAGCGGUGGUCUUCAUGGGUCUGUUCUAUACUCACCCUAACCCUGAGGCCUGUGUGCUUAAUAAAAUCUUCCUGGGCAUCAAUGGGAGCCUCUGCCUCAUCAUCUCUCUGCUGGCCAUCUCUCCGUGCAUACAGAAACUGCAGCCCACAUCAGGCCUGUUGCAGCCGGGAGUCAUCAGUGUCUACGUCAUGUACCUGACCUUCUCAGCCUUCUCCAGCAAACCAAAAGAAACGCUGAACAUAGAUGGUGUGAACACAACCGUGUGUGUGUUUCCCUUCAACGCUGGGACUGAGAGUGAUAAGAAGAUUGUGACUGCUGUGGGAACUGCUCUCCUGUUUGGAUGUGUCCUUUAUUCUUGCCUGACGUCCACCACCAGGCGCAGCUCUGCCGCGCUCAGAGUGUGCAGGAACAGUGAGCCGGAGACUGAGAGAGCACGUUGCUGUUUCUGUUUUGGAGAUGACACAGACGACUACGAUGAGGAGAAGACUGGAACAGGCCAGAACGUGGUGUAUGAUGAGAGAGAGGGAACCAUCUACAGCUACACCUACUUCCACUUUGUCUUUUUCCUGGGCUCCCUGUAUGUCAUGAUGACCGUCACCAACUGGUUUCAUUUUGAUGACCAUAAGAUUGAGAAGCUGUUGGACGGGAGCUGGUCAGUAUACUGGAUUAAGAUGGCCUCCUGUUGGGUGUGUCUCAUCCUCUACACGUGGACCCUCGUCGCCCCGAUGGUCUGCCCGAAGCGUUUUGAAGCCUAGGCGUCGCACCAGUGCUCGAGGAUUCGGGCUACUCUCGAUUCUCGGGAUGUCGGUGGGUGAAAGCUCUCACGCUGAGCCAGGGGACCACCACCACAAUUCCCUCCUGUCAUUGAAACACAACCCCACACUAGCCUCAGUGUUCAAAAAUGAAGGAUUAUCUGUUGCCUUUGUUUUAUAUGCUAGUGUUUCUUUUACAUUGUUUGACGAUAUUAAGCUGUUAAUACCUUGAUGGUAAUUUUUUUUAUAUCUAUAUAUUCUUUACUACCACGGACUUCUGGAGUUUUGUAUUACAGGUUUGAAAUCACAUGGAGAAUAAUAGGAGGUGAGUUGUGAAUCAGAAGUCUCAUCCAGUCCCUAUUGACUCUUGAUCAUUUCAAACUUGGAAGUCUACUUUCUAUGCGUUUACGUGACGUGUUACUAGUUUUCUUUGGAUUCUUACGUUUAUUCUCAUUCAUUUCAGUUCUGUACAGGUGGACCAUGAAGUUGUAGCAGCAAGGUUUUUAUUUUUUGUUUUUUUUUGGACAAAUUUAUUUCAAGUGGAGAGACUUUACACGAGGAGCUGUAUUUAUUUGUCUUAAAUAAUCGGAGAAGGAUUGAUUUAGAUUUGGCCCUGACUUUGUUUAAAAUACUCAUCUCUCAGGCUCACAUGUAAGCUGUAUAUAUUUAUGCUUCGUUAUGUUGCCCCCUCCUCUCUUUUGUAGUUUUCUAUGCAACGGGACAAGCUUUUUUUUUUCUUUCUUUUUUUUUUCAGUAAUCAGUACCCAGUGUUGUGAAGUUUCCACUUAGAUCACAAAUAUAAAUGUUUUUAUUGUGGACGCUCCCUUUGAGCCAAAUCUUUUCUUAAGAAAACCCUUCUCAACAACUCCAGGCGUCUUCAUUGUUGUGCAGGUUUCAGAGGUCUACUAAACUGCCUUUCUGGAAGAGCUGCUGCAGAGUGACACAGACGAGGACUAUGUUUGCCAAAGGUAGAAGUCAGAAAACAACACACACACCACUUCCGUUGUAUUGUUUGGUCUGUGACCGAGGCUUGUGUAGUCGGCUCAAGGUUGCGGUCAAAGUCAGGUCUCAUUAGUGCAUUAUUCAACACUGGAUGUUGAGUUUACUGCCGAAUCAAAACUCACACAAAGACAUUCAUCUCUUUUUAACAGUUUUAUUGUACUGUAAAGUAUAGUACAUUGCCAUCAGCAAGUCCUUUUUGUGUCUCUCACUCGUCAUAAAACCAGUACGUUUUCAUUUAAGUUUUAUUGUUUCCCUAAUAUGUUUUAUCAUAACUUUAACAAACCUUUUGGCUUAAGUUCUGCGACCUGUGGAAAUUUUUAUCUGAAUUACACUGUUUGUUUGUUUUUUAUUUAUAUUUCUACAUUCAGUUGACUGAAUGUGAAUGUAGAACUCGAUUGGUGCUCACAGAAGCUUUGAUGUCAAAAUAAAAAACGACAAUUAAAAAAAAAUCCUAAACGAAAACAAAACUUAAAACAAUCAAACAAAAUUGUACGUGUGGAACAUGCAUGUGGUACCAUGUCGGUCACAUUGUUCAAACUUUUAAUAAACCAUCCAUUUAACGCCA